AUGCAUUCAACAUCGCACACCCCGAAGACCACCAUCAGGAUCCGUGGCCAUCGCAAACGUAAGGUUGCCGAGUGGCUUCUCAGCUCACACCGCGCAAACAUCCAUCUGCCAGGGCAGCUACCAUCAACCGAUAAGCCAGUACGGGUGGUCUGCGUUUCUGACACGCACAACACGAGACCUGGCCUUCCCCCGGGCAAUCUCCUCAUCCAUGCCGGAGACUUGACAGAGAACGGGUCCUUCGACGAGCUACAAGCCGGCCUGACCUGGCUCUCGUCCCAGCCGCAUCCGCACAAGGUCUUCGUCGCGGGGAACCACGACGUCCUACUCGACGAGGCCUUCCUCUCGAAAUACCCCGAGCGGCGCUACGGCGAGAGGCGCACCAAGGAUGAUCUGGACUGGGGUGAUGUGAUUUACCUCCAGGACUCGGCCAUCACACUGAACUUCUCGCCUCAUCAUAAUGAUAACGGCGAGCCAAGACGGCUGACGGUCUACGGCACGCCGUGGACGCCGCGAUAUGGCAUAUCAGCCUUCCAGUUCCACCCCGACGACGACAGUUACCUGGACUCACUGGAUUCGUCAGAGGCGAACCCAGAUAUCAUCGUCUCGCAGGGCCCGCCGCGUCUCCAUCUCGACGCGCGCGACUUCCGCCGCGCGGGGUGUCCGCACCUCUCUGAGAGGGUCGCGCGGAUGAGGCCCCGGCUCGUGGUGUUUGGCCAUAUCCACGUUGCGCAUGUAAGGGAGGACGCCGUGAUGGAUGGGGUGCAGAGAGGGUACGAAGCAGCUGUGAAUGGUUGGGCGGCUGGGAGGUGGUGA